AACUGUGCAUGCCACAUUGUCGGUGAUGUCAGAGCACUAAUCUCUCUGGGGAUAUUGGCGGAUGGACACUUGUCAGAAAUAUUUGAUGCUACCCUGGAUGAAAGCCAUUGGAGGCAGAGGGAGAGACAGAGGCAGAGCUGUGCUGAGUUCCCUGCUUUUGGUUUUUAUGUUGUGUUGUGGUGCUUUCGGAAUGAGGUUACUAGCGUGUUCUAGCAUGGGAAGAGCCACUGAGGAGUGAUGAGGGAGCUCAACACAAAAGUUGACUGUCUUUUUCGGCUAUUCUCUCUGAAUUUUCAUACUCAAUUACAAACACCCUCAGAGCUCAGAGAGCACUCAGGCUGUGAGCCUUAGCCUCUCAUCUUACCACUCCUGCAAACACAAGGGGAGUUAGCGGGCAUCCUGCCCCAACUUUAAGGAUGCACACCAUGCUCUCAGUGGACCAAAAUACAGGAUUCAUUUAUCAGAGAGCUGAUGAGGAGGCAGUGGUGGACCGUGGGGGCACACGCUCCAUGCUCAACACCAACUUUGAGAAGGAAGAACUAGAAGGUCACCGCACUCUGUACAUUGGGGUUCAUGUACCCCUGGGCAGGCGCUCGCACCGGCGUCACCGUCACCACGGACACAGACACAGGAAGAGGUCCAAGGAGAGGGACUCUUCAGUUGAUGAUGGACGAGAAUCCCCCUCUCACAUAGACACACCAGCUCAAAGGGUGCAGUUUCUCUUGGGGACAGAGGAUGGUGAUGAGGAACACAUCCCCCAUGCCCUGUUCACCGAGCUGGACGAAAUUUGCGUCAGGGAGGGUGAGGAUGCGGAAUGGAAAGAGACAGCAAGAUGGCUUAAAUUUGAGGAGGAUGUUGAGGAUGGUGGAGAGCGGUGGAGUAAACCCUACGUAGCCACUCUGUCUCUACAUAGUCUUUUUGAGCUUCGUAGCUGCAUCAUGAAUGGCACUGUGAUGCUGGAUAUGAGGGCGAACUCACUGGAGGAGAUUGCAGAUAUGGUUCUGGAUCAACAUGAGAUGUUAGGCCCUUUAGGUCUGGAUGCCAGGAUGAAGAUCCGUGAUGCCUUACUCAAACAGCACCACCAUCAAAACCACAAGAAACUGGCCAACCGCAUCCCAAUUGUACGCUCCUUUGCAGAUAUCGGCAAGAAACAGUCCGAGCCUCAUUCCAUGGACAAGAAUGGCCAAACAGUCUCACCUCUGGCCCAGCCGGCCAGCACUGAAGGCAAACAGGACGUCAGCCGAGAAAACAGUUCUGUUGACUUCAGCAAGAUUGACCUCCACUUCAUGAAGAAGAUCCCUCCUGGUGCUGAGGCAUCCAACGUCCUGGUGGGUGAGCUGGAAUUCUUAGACCGCCCUGUGGUGGCCUUUGUCCGCCUGGCUCCUGCUGUGCUGCUCAGUGGCCUGGCCGAGGUUCCCAUCACCACUAGGUUUCUUUUCAUCCUGCUUGGCCCUAUGGGCAAAGGUCCACAGUAUCAUGAAAUUGGCCGUUCAAUUGCAACCCUAAUGACUGAUGAGAUUUUCCAUGAUGUUGCUUACAAGGCCAAAGACAGGAAUGACCUGGUAGCAGGCAUUGAUGAGUUUCUGGACCAGGUGACAGUGUUACCCCCCGGAGAGUGGGACCCCUCCAUCAGAAUAGAGCCUCCUAAAAAUGUGCCCUCUCAGGAAAAGAGGAAGAUUCCUCCUGUUCCCAACGGAGUGACAGAUCUUGUAGAGUCGGAGGAACACGGGGGGCAUGGUGGUCCUGAGCUGCAGCGCACUGGGAAGUUCUUUGGCGGGUUUAUUUUGGAUAUCAAGCGAAAGGCUCCUCACUACCUUUCCGACUACACAGAUGCGAUCAGCCUGCAGUGUCUGGCCUCCUUCCUCUUCCUCUACUGCGCCUGCAUGUCGCCUGUCAUCACCUUUGGAGGACUCCUGGGUGAGGCCACUGAGGGACGUGUGAGUGCUAUUGAGUCCCUGUUUGGGGCUUCCAUGACUGGAAUAGCGUACUCUCUUUUUGCUGGUCAGCCCCUCACCAUCAUGGGCAGCACAGGGCCUGUUCUUGUCUUUGAGAAGAUCCUCUUUAAGUUCUGCAAGGAUUAUGGCCUUUCUUACCUCUCCUUGAGGGCCUGUAUUGGCCUAUGGACGGCCUUCUUCUGUCUACUGCUAGUGGCCACGGACGCCAGCUCGCUUGUCUGUUACAUCACACGUUUCACUGAAGAAGCUUUUGCUGCGCUGAUCUGCAUCAUCUUUAUCUAUGAGGCCCUGGAGAAGCUGAUCCACCUGGGAGUGCAUUACCCCAUCAAUAAAAACAACAACCUUCAGAAACUCACACAGUAUUCAUGUGCUUGUGUGGAGCCUAGGGCCCCCAGCAAUGAGACUCUGCACUUCUGGGAGGAGCAGAACAUCACAGCUUCUCAGGUCAACUGGACCCUGCUGGAGGUCAAGGAGUGCGAGAUGUUGCAUGGGGAGUUCGAGGGUACCGCCUGCGGUCCCCAUGGCCCUUACAUGCCUGAUGUCCUUCUCUGGUGCGUGGUGCUCUUCUUCUCCACCGUCUUCAUGUCCGCUUUCCUCAAGGAGUCCAGGACGAGCCGCUACUUCCCCACCAGGGUGCGGGCCAUCAUCAGUGACUUUGCUGUCUUCAUCACCAUCCUCUCUAUGGUGCUUAUAGAUUAUGCCCUGGGGAUCCCCUCACCUAAAUUGCAGGUCCCCAACAAGUUCAAACCAACUAGGGAUGACCGUGGCUGGGUAAUAAACCCUCUGGGACCAAACCCCUGGUGGACUGUUGUCAUCACCUUCAUCCCUGCUCUGCUCUGCACCAUCCUCAUCUUCAUGGACCAGCAGAUCACAGCUGUCAUUAUUAACAGGAAGGAGCACAAAUUAAAGAAAGGCUGUGGCUACCACCUGGACCUGUUUGUGGUAUCAGUAAUGCUGGGUGUGUGCUCUGUGAUGGGCUUGCCGUGGUUCGUGGCAGCCACCGUGCUCUCCAUCUCCCACGUGAACAGCCUGAAGCUAGAGUCGGAGUGCUCGGCCCCUGGAGAACAACCCAAGUUCCUGGGCAUUCGAGAGCAGCGCUUCACUGGCCUGAUGAUCUUCACCCUGAUGGGCUGCUCCGUCUUCAUGACCUCUGUGCUCAAAUUUAUCCCCAUGCCUGUGCUGUAUGGAGUCUUUCUGUACAUGGGGGCUUCCUCGCUCCGAGGAAUUCAAUUCUUUGACCGUCUGAGGCUGUUCGGCAUGCCGGCCAAACAUCAACCAGACUUCAUCUACCUUCGCCAUGUCCCUCUGAGGAAAGUGCACCUCUUCACCAUCAUUCAGCUCAGCUGCCUCAUGCUGCUCUGGAUCAUCAAGACCUCCAAGGCUGCAAUUGUCUUCCCCAUGAUGGUCCUGGCCCUGGUGUUCAUUCGUAAGCUGCUGGACUUCAUCUUCACUAAGAGAGAACUGAGCUGGCUGGAUGAUCUGAUGCCAGAGUGGAAGAAGAAGAAGCUGGAGGAUGCAGCACAGGAGGAAGAACACAGUAUUAUUGCAGAGGAGGAAGGCAUUGUACAAGUGCCACUGGAGGGACAUUAUAAGAGUGACCCAGCCACAGUUAACAUCACUGAUGAGAUGUCCAAAGGAUCGUUCGGGAGUGUGUGGAGGAGUGUCAGCCCUGCUGAGAGCAUUAAGAGGGAGCCGGGUGCUAAAAGCUCCCCUUCCUAACCUCUUAGAAGCUGAAAUCCCAAAGUGGUGGCGAAAAGUGGCACAAGCAGCGGAGGCAUGACAAGAGCUUGGACAGGGAGACAAGUUUGUGAUGACACAUACUGGCAGUGCCACUGUGCUGUCAAUCAGUAGAUCAAAAUCUAUACCAUGCCACACUCAACCGCCUCUGUACUGUACUACACUGUGUUUUUGUCAUGUAAGUCUGUGUGCAAAUUAUGUAAAACAAAGAAAACUUGGUAGAAACAAUAUUAUCGCAAGAAACCAAGGCACAUUUGUAUAUCAGUGUUCGGUGAUACCAGCAACAAAAGAAAGCCAGAAAUUUAUGACACUUAAAAUAAUUGCUGUGUCUUUGGGCCAAUUACAUGCCAAUUUUGAAUAAUUUUUAAAUCAACUUUAUUUGUAUUUUGUAUGUUUGUAUAUUUUUCCAACAACAGCGAGCUGUCCUUUUAAAAACCUGCCACAGCAAACUGCAAAUGUGUCGAUUUUGCGCUAUUGACUUGAUGCACUUCCAAAUAGAAAACAUACAGUAAAGAGCAGAUAUUUGCCAAUACUAACUUGUUUCAUUGGUGUCUAAAAGACUUGGCUAUAUAGCAAAUCUAGCAAAUAUAGCACUUUUUUUUUGUAUGUAUGUAUAAAUAUACAUUUUAUAUAUCCUUAUAUCUACAUGUUUUUGUGACAGUGACAGCUCAUUUCAAUCCAGAGUCGUUUCCAUUGCUCUUUUACAUAUAAAUGCCUUUCCUCCAAUAAAGCAUUUCCCCAGCUAAUUAAAGGACAAGGUUUUUAUUAUGGGAAAUAACCCUGUUCACUUUCUUUCCAAAAAGUAGACAAGAACAUUGAUACCACUCUAGUGUCUGUAUGCUAAAUAUGAAGCUUGGGCCAGUAGCGAGCUACCUUAGCUCUGGCCUAGCUUAGCACAAAAGAUGGAAAACAGUGAGACAGGUAGCCUGGCUAUGUGCAAAGCAAACAAACAUAGCUAAAGGCUCUCUUAUUAACAUAUAUUUAUUUUCUUUCAUCUGUAUAAAACCUGAAAUAUAAAAAAAAUGCACCUGGUUUUAUGAUUGGCUUAGCUUCAUAUUUACUUAUGCCAACACAAAAGACCCUAUCAAAAUGUUGAGCCAUUUCUUUACAGAUAGUAUUUUUCUGGGAGCAGCUUAUUGGACAAUGGCAUCUUCAAGCUAGCAUGGCAGCAUAGUUUGGGAACUCUGAGUAUUGCUCGCUACUUGGCCUUGGCUUUUUAAAAGCUAAUCAAAUUUGCAAAUGCUGAACUUUACAGUGACCGUAUGGAAAGCUCUAUGUAUUCCACCUGCAUACUUUUUGUCAUUUUGUCAGUAAAUGUCAUCCAUGGACAUGUGAUCUCCUCUCCAAAUGACCCUCAGUAUGUUAGCAUCUGAAGCUAACUGUUUAAAAAAACUGCAUGACGGUGAAACUGUUUCGCUGCAGGACCAUGGUUACUUCGAGAGAUGCAAUAACACCUUUUUUCUGAGAAGGGCAACAUGUCAUAAAUGGUCAAGAAUCUUAAUGUAUAAUACAUAGUAUAUUUUAUUCAUGUAAAAUGUUAAUAUAUUACUAACAAAGUCAGUGUUGAAGGCAGGAUUUUGUUGUAGAUGUUCUUUUCCCACUGUCUAGUUUAAUAGAGAAACUAAAAAUGGGUCAUUUGUAUCAAUAUCAAAAAUUUUGAUAGUUUUUGUGUGGAAUUCUGCCUUAAAUUUGGUAGUGAUAACUGUACGCUUUCUGUUUAAUAAUUGUCAACUGUAUAGAAUUCUAUCAGUUCAGAUCUGUUGUUCAACUGUGAUUUGUUUCAUGAAAGAGUGAGUGAGUGAGAGCAUAAAUAAAGAUAUUCAACAACCUGUGCUGAA